UGCAUCUUUGCUGGAUCGUUCUAACAAGCUCUUCACUAACAUCAUGCUCUCUGGACUCAGCAGGAUGUUCUUUCUGGGAGUAACAUGUUUACUCAUGAGUUCAGGCUAUACCAGAGCUGAGACCACCGUGUCCCCACAAAGAAAGCCCCCCUGUGACAGCCAGAUCUGCCGCUUGAGCCACGUCCAGAGUGUAACAUGCGAAGGAUUUCAGGCAAACCUGCAGUGUGGUGAAGGGCAGGUUUUAGUCAUCCACGGAGCUAAUUAUGGACGCCGUGACAAAACCACAUGCUCUGCUGGACGUCCGGCCUCUCAGCUCCAAGUUGUCCAGUGCUCAAGUCAGACAAGCACCAAUGUUGUAGCUGAAAGCUGUAAUGGGAAGAACAGCUGUACUAUCUCAGCGAGCAACUCUGUGUUUGGAGACCCCUGUGUGGGCACCUACAAGUACCUGGAGGUGGAUUAUACUUGUCAGUUCCAGACUGUAACAUGUGAAGAAUCUGAGGCAAACCUUCAGUGUGGGAAAGGGCAGAUUUUAGUCAUUCACAGAGCUGAUUAUGGACGCCAUGACCAAACCACGUGCUCUAACUUACAACCUCACUGUAGGCUCAGAGAUGUCCAGUGCUCAAGUCCAGAGAGCAUUGAAGUAAUAGCUGCAAGCUGUAAUGGGAAAAACAGCUGUAAUAUCUCAGCGAGCAACUCUGUGUUUGGAAACCCUUGUUUUGGCACCUACAAGUACCUGGAGGUGGAUUAUACUUGUCAGUUCCAGAGUGCAACAUGUGAAGGAUCUCAGGCAAACCUUCAGUGUGAAAAAGGACAGGUUUUAGUUAUCCACGGAGCUGAUUAUGGACGCCAUGACAAAACCACAUGCUCUGCUGGACGUCCGGCCUCUCAGCUCCAAGUUGUCCAGUGCUCAAGUCAGACGAGCACCAGUGUUGUAGCUGAAAGCUGUAAUGGGAAAAACAGCUGUACUAUCUCGUCGAGCAACUCUGUAUUUGGAGACCCCUGUGUUGGCACCUACAAGUACCUGGAGGUGGUUUAUACUUGUCAGUUCCCGAGUGCAACAUGUGAAGGAUCUGAGGCAAACCUUCAGUGUGAAAAAGGACAGGUUUUAGUCAUCCACGGAGCUAAUUAUGGACGCCGUGACAAAACCACAUGCUCUGCUGGACGUCCGGCCUCUCAGCUCCAAGUUGUCCAGUGCUCAAGUCAGACGAGCACCAGUGUUGUAGCUAAAAGUUGUAAUGGGAAAAACAGCUGUACUAUCUCAGCGAGCAACUCUGUAUUUGGAGACCCCUGUGUUGGCACCUACAAGUACCUGGAGGUGGAUUAUACUUGUCAGUUCCCGAGUGCAACAUGUGAAGGAUCUGAGGCAAACCUUCAGUGUGAAAAAGGACAGGUUUUAGUCAUCCACGGAGCUGAUUAUGGACGCCGUGACAAAACCACAUGCUCUGAUGGACGUCCGGCCUCUCAGCUCCAAGUUGUCCAGUGCUCAAGUCAGACGAGCACCAGUGUUGUAGCUAAAAGUUGUAAUGGGAAAAACAGCUGUACUAUCUCAGCGAGCAACUCUGUAUUUGGAGACCCCUGUGUUGGCACCUACAAGUACCUGGAGGUGGAUUAUACUUGUCAGUUCCCGAGUGCAACAUGUGAAGGAUCUGAGGCAAACCUUCAGUGUGAAAAAGGACAGGUUUUAGUCAUCCACGGAGCUAAUUAUGGACGCCAUGACAAAACCACAUGCUCUGCUGGACGUCCGGCCUCUCAGCUCCAAGUUGUCCAGUGCUCAAGUCAGACGAGCACCAGUGUUGUAGCUAAAAGUUGUAAUGGGAAAAACAGCUGUACUAUCUCAGCGAGCAACUCUGUAUUUGGAGACCCCUGUGUUGGCACCUACAAGUACCUGGAGGUGGAUUAUACUUGUCAGUUCCCGAGUGCAACAUGUGAAGGAUCUGAGGCAAACCUUCAGUGUGAAAAAGGACAGGUUUUAGUCAUCCACGGAGCUAAUUAUGGACGCCGUGACAAAACCACAUGCUCUGAUGGACGUCCGGCCUCUCAGCUCCAAGUUGUCCAGUGCUCAAGUCAGACGAGCACCAGUGUUGUAGCUAAAAGUUGUAAUGGGAAAAACAGCUGUACUAUCUCAGCGAGCAACUCUGUAUUUGGAGACCCCUGUGUUGGCACCUACAAGUACCUGGAGGUGGAUUAUACUUGUCAGUUCCAGAGUGCAACAUGUGAAGGAUCUCAGGCAAACCUUCAGUGUGAAAAAGGACAGGUUUUAGUCAUCCACGGAGCUAAUUAUGGACGCCGUGACAAAACCACAUGCUCUGCUGGACGUCCGGCCUCUCAGCUCCAAGUUGUCCAGUGCUCAAGUCAGACGAGCACCAAAGUUGUAGCUGAAAGGUGUAAUGGGAAAAACAGCUGUACUAUCUCAGCGAGCAACUCUGUAUUUGGAGACCCCUGUGUUGGCACCUACAAGUACCUGGAGGUGGAUUAUACUUGUCAGUGAAAAGAUUAUAUCAUCAACACAUCGUGUAACAUCUGAAUGUCACAUCCCCUCUGUUGAUGUCACUUCCACCAGGAUCUCAAGCCUCAAUGACAUUACUGCUGGAACGUGUUAACAAAUAUGAUUUUAUUGGAAAUAAACACAAAUAAACAUACAUCCUGAGCAUCAAA